AACACAGCCAGUGACGUCAGGCCGAGUUUUGCAGCAGUGUCGCAGAUCUCGCUGUGCUGCCUGUGGACGGUAAGCGGUCAGUGGCUUUGGGAAGGUUAAAGAACAGCGGGAACUAUGCCUUUCAUUGAUCUCCAGUCGAAGUUGGGCUUCGACGUGGACCGCUGGAUGCUGAUCCAGAGUGGAAAGCAGCCUCUUAGUCGACCUGCACGCUGCCAUGCCUUUGAGAAGGAAUAUAUAGAGUGCGCACAUGGCAUUGGCCAAACCAGGGCUUUAAGGGAAUGCAAGGUGGAGAUGGAAGAUUUCUAUGAAUGCGUGCAUCGGGACAAGACGUUCCGGCGCUUGCAAGCGAUCAAGCAGCAGAGAGACAAGUUGAUCAAAGAGAACGCCUACACGCCCCCCCCACAUCACACUGGCCAUACAGAAGCUUAGGCAUGAACCCGGUAAAGAGAGUGGAGAUCUCACUCAGUCCUUUGCCAGCCACACUGCAACAUCAUCAGUGUGCUCAGUUUCUUGUGUAUUAUAAUGAUUAUUGUUUAUCAGUUUCCUUUGAAUUUAAAUAAAUAAAUACUAUUGAUCACUAA